UGUAGCUGUCUACUUAAUUGGUAAAACGAGACUAGAGGUCGGAAAUGAUCCUACUAGUGCAUGGAGUGUGGGCCUAUUUACAUAUGACGCGAUUUAUGGCUGGGCGUAUCUACCAAGCAUUCACUUCUACUGUAGAGCUCAUUCACUGUGUUCGAGAGAGAAAGGAUAUUGCAGACCGGCAGCGCUUGUAGCCUGACCUCGCUUUCUUGCUUAGAUACUACGCACUGGAUCAGUGUACAUAGGGUUUUAGUCUCGUGCAUUGAACACCACCUGAAUACAUUGGAACCAGCACAGCCGGCGUCAAUAUGGCUUUAUCCUGCUCGACAACGUUGAAGAUAUGCCUUGUGUUCCUCCUUCUUGCCAACAUAUGCAAUGUUAUUGCCUUUGCCACUAUGGGCUGGUCUCGCAUAGACUUCUUUAAUACGUGGAAAGGCCUCUGGCGGUGGUGUACAGGGGAUUUAUGCGGAGACAGAGAUGGCGACGACUACUUCAAGGCGGUACAGUGGACGUUUAUGAUUGGCAGCGGCGGGUUUGCAGUGACUUUGGUCAUCUUAUUCCUCUACUCCUGUAUGUCACCGCUAAGGAAGCGUCCUGUGGCCUCAGUCUGGAUAUUCCUCUGCUUUAUCUCUGGUGUGUUCUCUCUGAUCGGAGUGGCGAUAUACGGGGCCAGGAAACCAGACAUCGAGGAGCUUCACUACUCCUAUGGUCUAGCCUGCUGCGGGCUCAUCCUCGGCGUUCUCACAGGGGUGUUUGGAAUCGCAGACUCACGCGCGUAGUUCGAUAUACUGCUGAUAUAAUCUCUGUUGUAGUUAAUGUUGUAGUUGAUGUAGCACUGAAAGCUGGAGCACAGACUGUAACUGUGCAGUGUUUUUGGUUCACAUUAAUUAGAUCUUAGACCAAAGUUUUGAUAUAACGUAGAGAUGUAGAUGUUUCAAAAAAUAGAUUUAUAUGUAGCGAAUGAUGAGCAUGAAAUCUUGCCUAUAGUAAAGACUGACGUAUGAUAAAAGCAUGAACUAGUAUAGGUAGACAUGAACUGAAAUAACUCUUCUUUUGCUGUGUUGCCCUGCCUCCUUGGCAAUGGAUCUUUUAGAUUUUCUACGUUUAAGUAAGUUGGGAUUUGGCGUUAUAUUAUGAUAAGUAAGCUCUGUGGUGAACAUUGUUCUUUGAUUAUAGAAGUGUUAGUAUGCAUUGUGGAGUUUGAUGUAAGGCAAGGGCUGUAGAUACAGUGUACAGUGUGUCCCUAUUUGUCUGAGACUCGUCGUCUUAAUCCAUCACUGGGAAUAAGUAACCGGUCUCUGUUUAGUUUUGAUCUACUAACGAUUGCCUGAUCUUUGGGUCACAAUACUUUUGGCACUACUCUAUUUUUCAGAUUAUAGGUCACUGACAUUCCUGUAUACGGUAAUUGUUAAUUUUGAACUCUGUGCAGGUAGUUUUUACAGUGCAAGAAUAUUUAUUCAAAUAAGUGAAGGGUGAUUACUUGAAGUCAAAUACCAAGACUCGCUACAUUCAGUGAAGGAAUUGUUUUAUAUGAGCAGCAUUGGUGUUGCUUUUUAAUAUGCUCUGAUACUGAGGGCGCUGAAUUAAACAGUUGGCCUCGUGCCAAACUGAAUCUCUAAUCUUUUCUCUUCUACCUGUGACACAUGUAAGGUUCUCUUUAAGUAGGCAGUGGUAUAUGCAUCUCUUUUAUUCCAUGUAAUUUAGUAUAUUAAUAUCUAGUCCUUUUUAUAGACUUGUAGUAUUCUAAUAAGUGUUUAUUUUUCAUUAUUCAAAAUAAAAUCCCGAGUUGGAGGGAAGGCAAGACAGGACGUAUUUUUUCUAUUUUUGUAUCUUGAACUUUGGUUUAUUGUUGAAGUGCAUACUGCUGUGCUACCAGCCAUACUACAUACAAUAUAUAUAUACAAGGACAAUAUGCAAAUACCACGUUUUAUCAUAAACGAUUAUUAUUCAGCACAAGAUGAAUUUUCCCACCGUUAGCUUAAGGCCAACUCAGUCGGAGGCCUUCAUUGAACUGAUGUGAAAAAAAAAAAAAAAAAAAAAAAAAAAAA